AUAAAGUUUCUUUCCAGAUGAAAUGAAUGGACCUGCCCAAGGUUCAGAGGAGGUGCGCGCUGUUGUUCAGCGCGCGAACGUGUCCGGGGCCGAGGCUCGAGCGCGUCGACGGCUCGAAGCGCAGUCUCGAGGGAGAAAGAUUGAUUUGUCUGAAUACAAGUCUGAAGUUGGAGACAGAGAAAAAAAGAAUUUAAUAAUUUUGUGCAAAUCUGGAAAAAUUUCUUCAACGCAAUUAAAAAGAUUAAGCAGUGCCCUCCUUCAUACUGAUUACUGUUUACAGUUUCAAGCAGAAGAUGGUUGUUUACAUGGCCUUGUUGGACUUAUUUCAGGGAAAGACAGUGGGAAGCAGAUCUUGGCGAUGUACUGUCUCGCCAACCUAACCAUGCAAGAGUCUGGCCAGGUGGGACAAGAAGUGGGAGACUCGAACCUAGCUAGCCGGACACGUGACUCUAAACAGGUUCAGAUAGCGAGAUUUUCUGGUCCCUAUCUUAUAACAAUGCUCUCAGGAGAUAAUGUUCAGGUUCAAGAGCUGGCUUGCACAGUAUUGGUCAAUCUAACUAGAUCUAAAGAUAAACAAACUCACAAGGUUUUACUGAAUCAACAGAUAUUUCCAAAUCUACUGAACUUGGCGAAUUCUGGGGAGGAGCAAAUACAGGAACUGAGUUACCAAUCCUUGUACAACCUCGUGACGAACUCUGACCUCGAGGCCGCUAGUCUGACCUCCCUGACCCGCCUGGUGACCUCCAACCUGUCUACCAGGUCUCCAAUCCAACUCCUCUGGGUCUUCUUCUCACUCUCAGCAAACCAGAUGCUUCAUUCACAGUUCUCCACACAUCAGAUAUUGGAUACAUUGGUUCAGAUUUCAACCUACGAAAUAUUCCAGAAAUGUGAUUCUCGACCUUUAGUUAAGGUGUUAACACCGAUUAUCCGAAUCCUGGGUAACCUAGCCGCAGGGCCGGAUAGUGUUAAUGUUUCCGUUCACCUGGUUCGACAUCCAGACUUCCCACCCAUACUCACAGCUCUACUCUCAACCAACUAUACCAGCUUGUGUCAGGAGACUGUGUGGUUGCUGGCUAAUAUCGUGAACAACGAGAACGUGAGAGUUCAAGAGGAGUUUGUGGAUCAGGAUCUCAUGGAUAAACUGGAGAACCCGGUUCUCAGUGCUGUUACACGCCUGGAUCCGUACUCAGUAUCAAGAUAGAGCCUGGAGUCGAGUUCUACCCAGGGGUUAACCUUCAACCAGAAUGAAAGUGGGGUCAAUCAGUUUUCCUGACCUAACUGGUUGAUACGUUAUGAGACUAUUUUUCAAUGACAAUGCCGAAUUUUUACUUUUAAUGAAAUCCCGUGAUUAUUUUCAACUUGUCAUCUAAUUUAGCCUGGAAGUAAUCCUUUCUAAUCAUGAUUUAUAGAUCUUUAAAAUUGCUUUAUUUUAUAUUUAAACAAAUUUACAUAAUAACCUUGUGAUUCAUUUUUCUGUGAUAAAUCAGUAUUUAAAAUAUUAUCUUUAUGAAUCCUGCUAAUUCUAAGAUACUUAAAAAAUUUAACUGUUAGGGCCUUUUCAUUUGAUAUUGCUCAAAUUGUAACUUUACCAGCUCUACAUUUUUGUAUCCUGUGUGUGUAAACCCUUGAAAAUUUUAAGUUUGUGUAGAGUAAUUAGAGUGAUGACAUGACUAAGACCCCUUCCCUCCAUCCCCGCUCUUCUAAUCAAUGAUAUAUCCUUAUUCAAAUCUUAAAAUUAACCAAACGAACCUAAUUGCAGA